AUGUCUUCGACAGCGACCCCCGAUGAUACUCCUCUGGGACCAUUUCCUUAUACGCUGACAGUGCGGCUCCCCAAGCGCACUUCCCCCUCUCCCGAACCUGAUCCUCUCAAUUCCCCGUGGUACCGGUACUUCAUCUCACCGAACCAAGAUGACUAUAGCAAAAGGGAAACCUUCAAAGCACUUUCGACCUUCGUGCCAUUCCGUCAUUUGCCCCCAGAGCUCGACACGCUCUCGACAGUCCAAAAGCCCCAACCACCCGGACUUUUACUCGCCAUACCUCUCGAACACGAUACGAUCCUCUCAUACGCGACCAAGCGUGGUUUGGAGGUCUAUAUCAGCAAGAAAACCUUCGAUCUUGCCACCGCAGCCGAGAAGGACAACCCGGACGUCAUCAAGAGCACGGUUUCGACACUUCAUUGCGUGUUGGGAUACUUACGCGACUGUCUGUGGUCGGAGCUCCGAUUCCGGUGUGGCUACGGCAGGCCCGACCCCACGAAUCCAUUCCUGCCGCUGUGGGUUCUCUGCUCCAACUACGAUCCGGUCGACGAUCGACCGACCGAGGAAGAGUUAAGUUUGAUACGGGAAGAGCUCGGACUCGACGACGACAUUAAAUGGUAUCUGGCCGUGACCGCUUGA